AAAGAGCCGAGGAGGAAGUCAAGUAUUGUUUCAUCAGAACACUUUGGGGGGAUGAUCGUUUGUAUUUGCUGAGAAGCAAUCUGUGAAGCUCCGGUGUGAUGGAGAUAUUUUAGUGAAGCCACAGUUGCCAUCUUAUGACUGCACAGCCACCUGCACGGCCAAAAUAGCUUUUCCCUGAACAGUUUGUUCUGUGCGGAGGGAAUUUAAUGUUUGUCUGCCCUAAGUGUUUUUAUCUGGCUAAAUAACGGCGUUUCUCACCCAAAUUGGCUUGAUUUUGGGGAAUCCCAGGCUCUGGCAGAAAACCUCAGUAGCUUUCCCUCGAGAGGCAGUCAAAUUUCCCUCCAGAGCCAGAGGCACGCUGAAACCAACACUUGCAGGACUUGGCGUUGGAAGCGGUUUGUGAAGCCUGUGGGCUAUUUGGAUCUUCCUCCCUCCUGUCGUGGCCUGCAUAAGACCAGCUGACUGUCAGUUUGUUCUGUUGGACAUGUGGAUGUUGCUAUCAGGAAUUUCGUCUCCAGGUUGUAAAACCAUCUAGCUGGGGGACUUGUAGCUCAGGAGCCCAGCCAUGGAGGGUCUUGAGCAGCUUGACAUGGUGGGCGAUAUCAGCCCAGCUCUAGAGGCCACUGAGGAAUUUCUCCACUGCAUGGGUGGGAUGCAAGGCCAAGGUCCGAGUCUGGCUCAGACAGGGACCCUUCAGCCGUCCAGGCAGCCCAAGCAGCUGCAGGAAGUGUCCAGUGCCGCGUUGGGGAAGCUGAGCUCCAGUGGUGUGUGGGGCCUGCUGGCCAGAGAGCAGACGGAGGUGGGACCCCUGGGUCUGGCCUGGGCCGACAACUUCAGCGUGUUGGGGCUGGGGAUGGGCUUGAGGCAUGGCAAGAGAAGCCGAGCACGCUCCACCAACGACCUGGCGGCCCAAAGCAAGGAGUGCACCAACAACACGGCAAACUCCUCGUCCAACUCAGCCUUCAAGAAAGGACACAACCGGUCCAGGUCGGACGUCAACUACCGGCCAUCUGCAUACACGGACAAUGGACUUCCCACUGUGGACUGCAACACUCUGAAGAACAUGAUCCUCAAUCACCAGCCAGAGGCUGAUAAAAGCAGCAGCAGCAGCAGUGUGGUGAAGAAGGGUGAGAUGGAGCAGCGCGAGGGGCUCCGGGGUCGCUGGACACCUUGCCACGUGGAGCUGACGCCCUGUGAGCUACGGAUCUAUACCCUGGACAGCAGCGCCAACCGCCAGCUGGGCACCGCCUGCUCUCUGUCACACUGCCAGAGCAUCAUCUCACCGGCACCCUGCAGCCAGGCUGGGCAGAUGCCCCAGCUUGCAGACCCGCGCACGCUCCAGGCUUUGUUCUUCAACAGCACACGUCUCCAGCUGAGGGCGGCCAGCCAAUGGGAGGCCGUGGAGUGGAGGCGGCUGAUGUGGGAGAGGGUGCAGGCAGUCCGACCCGUAAGGAAGGAAAACCACCAGCGUAAGAGCGGCGUGGAAAAGCCACACGCUGUUAAGUUUUCUGCACCCAUGUCACCGUCCUCGUCACCCUCUCCGUCAGGGCUCGACACCAGGCCAGACGGUGACAGCGACACCCCCUCCUCAUCAGAGGCGUCACUCCCUCUCCAGUCUACAUCUGUUGUCCCGAGCAGACCGACCACCCUGCCUCUGUUCACCCAACGCUGCCAGGACGUCCUCAAAUCUGGCCUGCUCCACAAGGUGACGGAUCGGAACAACUGGCGAGCCUUUACCUUCGUCCUGACCAGAUCCACGCUCCGGGCUUUCCCUACCGAGGGCCGUGGGUCAGUGUCCAAACCUGUCCACCAGUACACCCUGUCCUCCUGCUUAGCUGUGCAGCACGAUCAGGACCCCGAGAAUGGAGAGCCGUGGACAGAGAGAGGGGGCCGCUUCCACGUGGUUUUCCCCAAAGACGUGCUCAGACUUCAGGCGGACGAUCAGCCCAAGGCCCAGGAGUGGGUGGAGGCCCUGCGGGAGGCGGUGGCAGCACAGAGGCCUGCCCAACAAGAAGGGGGAGAAUCAGGAGAAGGAGCUCCAGGUCUCCAGGGAGUUCUGCUGAGAUCCAAACCAUCCAGGGAGAGGAGACAGCGGGAGGCCCAGAGAGCCAAGCGGCAGUCCGUCACCACCAGCUUCCUCAGUAUUCUCACCUGUCUAGCUGUGGAGAAGGGCCUGACUGCUCAGAGCUUCAGGUGUGCAGGGUGUCAGCGUCCAGUCGGUCUCUCCAAAGGAAAGGCAAAGGUCUGCUACUACAGCGGCUGGUACUACUGCCAGAGCUGCCAUCAGGACAACUGCUUCCUCAUCCCAGCUCGCCUGCUGCACAACUGGGACACCAGCAAACACAAGGUGUCCAAACAGGCCAAGGAGUUCCUGGAGUUUGUGUACGAGGAACCCCUGCUGGACGUCCAGCAGCUCAACCCGUGUCUGUACGAGCACUGCGAGCCUCUCAGCACCGUGCUGCGUCUCCGGCAGCAGCUCCAGUCACUGCGGGCCUACCUGUUCAGCUGCCGAGCAACGAUCGCCGAGGACCUCAGACGAAGGAUCUUUCCCAGGGAAUACCUGCUACAGCACAUCCACCUGUACUCCAUGGCUGACCUGCAGCAGGUGAUUGAUGGGAAACUGGCUCCCUUUCUAUCCAAGGUGAUCAAGUUUGCCAGCUCUCACGUCUUCAGCUGCAGUUUGUGUCGGGAGAAAGGCUUCAUCUGUGAGCUCUGCCAGAACGGACAGGUCAUCUACCCGUUUCAGGAGAACGCCACCAGGAGGUGUGACGGCUGCGGCGCCGUGUUCCACACCGAGUGUCGGCAGAAAGCUCAACCGUGUCCUCGCUGUGUUCGCAGAGAGCUCCACCACAAGAAGCCGUCCUCCUUCUGGUCCCCGGACGACGACAGCCCCGGCUGCUUUCACCUGCCGUACCACGACACCUGAGACGCACACGGUUACUAAAGCAUAUACAGUUAGGGUGCUGCUGGGACACAACACUGGACAAAGUGCCUGCUCCUCUGACCGGUGUGUUUCUCCUGGACAGAUUCUGUGACGGAGCUCGGAGCGUGGGAUGCAUCAGAUUCGUACCUGAUAACUCGCACCUGAGCUCAACCUCUUUGUCCUGCUGUAAAGAGCAGGGAGGAAACCAUCUGAAGAUCUGCUGCACCACGCCUCACACACUGAACUCCUUGUAUUUUGUUUGGCAAACGUCACACGUCAAGGUCAUCCUCCACCAUCUUCAUCCCUUUAUGAAUUAUUGUUACAGAAGUUUCCAGCACAAGUUAAGACGUGAAAAGAUCAGUCAAUGGGGAGAAAGGUAAAUAACAAAAUGAGCAAUUGAGUAAUUCGUUUUUGAAAAAGCAUAACACUUUUUCUCAUUUGAGCCUCCCUAAUAUGGAGAUGUGUUGUUUUUCUUGUGGUUUUUGACCAAACAAGCUAAUCACGAUCAGGUGUUAUGUCUUUGUUUAAAGACUAACUAUUUAAUUUAGAAAUAAAGUGAUUAAUUUAAGAUGAAAAUAAUAAUAAUUUGCACUUAUAGUCGUGUUAAUGGGACACUCCAUCGCAAACCUAUUUCAGUAUUAAACUCUGACACAUAGUAGCAUCAAAGUGGCUGUAAAGAGUUUCUAGUUUCAUUCUUCCUAAAAAACCCUCAUGAAGAAUGAAGCAGGGUUUGUUGUGAUCUUUCCUGCUGUUCAUGCUGUCCAUUACAAUAUUUAAUUCCUUACUUAUUUCAAUGUGAGUGAUUGGGGGACAAAGUCUAGUUUUCUUGUUUUAGGCCAAAAUGUAUUGAAAAGGUCAUUUGAACAGACAGUCACUUCAUUCAAGUUGGUAUAUUCCAGUUACAGUGUUUUAGUUUAAAAUGCCUUUUUCUGUAACGACCGCAUUGCCACCGUUUAGAAAAAUAAAAACAACAUUUAGUAGAAAAAAAAGCUAUAUCUUUAGAAGAUAUACACUUGACUUGAUGAACUCAAACGACUCAUGUUGUAUUCAAAUAAAGUUUUAAGAACACUUUCAUACAAUCCAAGCACUGUGGACAUCACUCGCAUUAUGUAGGCAUAUGUUUUAAUGGCCACUAUGAACAGGAGGACUGAUUACAAGAACAAUGUUCAAUGUGCGUACAGUUGAACAAAUGAACCUUUCCUUUAAUCAGUUUUCAGAACAUCAAGAGAAGUUUCUCCAUCCGGCAGCAUGAUCCAGUUUGACUUUACAUGUAAACAAUCCAUUCAUGUGUUUCCUGCAUUAGUGUGAGCGCAGGAGACUCACAAGAUUAUUGAGUAAAAGGGAGGAAACAUUAUAGAAAAUAUUUUUUUGCUUUUCACAACUAAAUUCUAGGCCAAAAAAUCUGAUAAUAUAGGUUACGUUUAUUAUUUUUGGAAACCAACAGAUGUAUAGAGAAUAAAUAAGUAGUAGAAUUCAUAUUUACUGAUCAUUAAUCCAGACAAACAGGCUGGAUAAUAUUUCAAGUUUAUGUUAAGUUAUUUUUGGACAACAUAUUAGUAUUGGGUAAGUGGAUUAUGCUGCUCUGACUGAAUCCAAACUUAUAAGAGUCAUUUUGAAGUGGGUUUUUUUUUGUUGGGGGGGGGGGGGGGUCACAUGGGAUGUAGCUGAAGCCAAUAGAUUGGGAUAUGUUAACCAAUAUUACAAAAAGUUAUAAAUGAUUGCUGUGAUUGAAAUAUAGAAGUCUGUCCAUCCUUCCUCUGUCCCUCUUUCAUCAGAUCAUAUUCUCAUUAACCUUAAACUGAGUCCUUCUGCCUGUGGAACGAACCGUGUUUUCUUUACUCACUCAUUCGUGUUGUUUUAUUGAUAAAUGUAAACGGAUUGUUACCUUAAAAAGGGUCGGACUGUCGGCGCAUUGUCUUCAGUCUAACUGUAAAAUACCAGGGGCAAUAAUCUACUGUAAUUUAUUAUUUCAUUGUUGCCUCCCCCCCCCCCCGCCCUGCUCUUUCCCUGUAAUUCUACUUCCUCUUGUGCUUUAUUCAUGCAGAAUCUAUCAGACAUGAGCUUUAGCUUUUAGUAUCUCUAUGCAACCUAAAUGGCCUUUAUAACCCACUGCUUUCAUGAGUAAAGGUCUCAAUACUUUGUGUUUUAACACUAGCAGCUGAAUUUCCAUCCUGUUUCGAGGCAGAAUUUACGGAAAUGUUGGGGGGGGGGGGGGGGGGGUUGUGUCAGGUUUGGCGCCAAUUAGCUUCCUGGUUUCCCCAAAAAUAAUAUCAACAAAAAUUACAGAAACUGUAAAUAAUCUGCAAAUUUAGUUUAGAAUCAGUUGUGUUUUUGUUGGAUCUAAAACUAUUGAAGCCUACAAAGUAAGAGUACUUUUUCUUCUUCAUGAACGGAAAACCUUUAGCAAGUAAAAUGCUGCCUCAAAUUUGGAUGGAAAUACGUCUGCUAUUUCUACCUGCAUCUGCUUUUCUGUGCUUAUUCUUUGCUCAUCCCGUUUUUCCAACUUGUUUAAGCCAAACAAACAUGUAAAGUGAAUUUAUGUAUGGAUAAGCUUUGCAGGUUUACUCCUCAAUAUGUAUUUUUGUGAUCAGACUGAUUCAUGUUAAUGAAGCAUGUAGGGUACUGUAGACUAAAGUAAAUAACCCAGCGUAGUUUAAAAUAUGGCAGGAAAAGUGCACUGAUGUUUAAGUUUAUUAUAUUUUUGUUAUGUUUGUUUUGAGGGUAAAACAGGUGAUACCACACACGUCAUGUUUGAGUUGUUGUUUACUGCCUGCUGCAUAAAGAGCAGGUGAAAGGGUUGUGAAACCUUUGGUUGAAGUAUUGUUGAAAUGCAGUAUAUGUUGACUGAGAAUUAUAUUUAUCGUAAUUUUUUUCUGCUGCUUUUUAAAUCAUGCUGUUCAUUUGUGUACUACAAAGCCCAGCAAGUUUCAGGGAUAGUUUUUGUGAUUUUAAAUUGAUUUUUGCACAUAGAUUUACAGUCUGAGAUCUGUUCGCAAUGAAAACAGUACACCUGAAAAUGGCCGCUGCUUGGACCCCCCUGAUGUACUCUUAAUCAGAAUCAGAGAAGAGUUACCCAAACUUGGCCCGGGCUCAAAACUUUAUGCAAUGAUUACUUCAGGCAGUUGUAGUCCUAUUAUAGAGUAAAACAUGCCUUCAAACAAAGUCCAAAACAUGUAUCUGUAUAUAUUCCGGAUACAUUUAUAAAGGAAGUUUAAAACGUGUGUUUUUGCCAAAUGUUGGUGGAAUUUGCUUUAGAAUGUAUGCAUGUGAUAACAUGUAGAUCUCAUUAGGAUUUGUGAGUAAGUCAUUUGUUCACAAUGUAAGAAUAUAUCAAACUUUUUGCGACAAAGUUCCUGUUGCUACAGAACUUGGAUGUGAGAGCAUUGUGUGCACAAAUGUUUUCCACUUCCUGCUGGGCUCUGUAGUCUGCCUCUCUGUAGCUGCAUUAUUUGAAAUGUGCUUCUGAUUAAUUUAAAAGUGUAUUUUUAUUUGCUUGUUAUACGCAGUAUGGUUUGUUUGUUUUUUUCUUACACAUUUGUCCCACGACUUGUUGUUUAUGUUUCAGGCACAUUACGAUCAUCGCAGUAUGUUUACGCGUUUGGAGAAAAAUGAUUUGUACAGUAUUUAAGCAGAAUAACUGGACUGAAACGAUUCUCUCUUUUGCAUUUUUUAAGUUAUUAUGUUUCUAUUAUUAUCAUUGUUCCUUUUCAUUGCAGCCAAACUUCUUAUGCAAACACAGGGAGCUGAUAGUUUCAUUUAAUCCUCCUGUCCUGGUUUUGUUCUAAUUUGUCUGCUAGCCACUGAUGCCAAUAAAAACAAACUUCUUAAUAGUGAAA